AUGGCUCAACCCAAGGGACAGGUAACGGUCCGUAGCCGUUACGGCAAGCCCGCGCACCCGGAAACUCUACCUAGUAGCCAGACCGACGACAUAUCCAAGAUUCGCUUUCGCCACCCCGCGUAUUCAGAUAGUGACAACAUCCUCAUCUCGCUGGCGGCGCUAGAUAAUGGUGGUGUUCAUUACGCAACGGCACACGCAGCCUGCGCCGUUCUGGCAGAUUUUCGCUAUGAUGGUUUCUUUUCGUUGUCAUCUACCGGCCCUGCGAUCGAUUUUAGUGCGGAUGAAAUCCUGACAGAACCAAACUACUAUUUCCAUGUACCGCGAGAAACAAAUUAUGACGUCGUCGCCAAUUUCGAUAGUAGCAUCUUCCCCCAUGGGAAAAUGCCGCCAAUGUGGCUAUCCGACGAUCUCAAAAUUCCCAAGGCUCUCGGUCUGCCCCGAGAAACAAGCUGCAAUAGCAUCGUUUUGACCCGAGAUGUUUCUUGUCGAGUUACAAACAGUACUCUAGGUACAGAGGGGGCCCAUCUACUUCCCAAGGCAGAGGAGUUGUGGUAUACAAAGAAUUCCAUGUUCCAGUACUCGGCGUGGGAAGAGAGGGGAACAACAGACGACCCGAGAAAUACGAUUCUUCUGCGAUCCGACGCCCACACAGUCUUCGACGCGAAACGAUUUAUAAUCGUCCCAAAGAAGCGCAAAUGGGUAACUCACGUCUUGUACGGAACAUCACAGGACGAACUAGCUCAGAACUUCCACAAUAUACAUGUACAGCCCCUUACCGACAUUGCGGUAGAAUUUAUAUUUGCGCGGUUUGUGUACACAAUCCACGCCCUGAGCACCUUCACCCUCUCCGGCGGCAAACGCGCACUCCUUGUUAUUAAAUCCGGAGAAACGCGCCGUGAGCGGGUUGAGGUAACGGGUCUACAGUAUAAAACACAACUGGCGCCACGAUCACGGGUUGGCAGUAGAACUCCGAGCCCCAGCAAGCGCCGGCGUGACGAUACACCCGCUGGCGACGCAGAUAUAUCAAAUUUUGACGGGAUGGACGAUGGUGACUUCAGAGGUCGUCCACGAAGACGACUAUCUGACGAGAACACCUCUUCACCUGCACUCUCAUUAGAGUGCAACGAGGGUUGCGCGUCGACGUCUAGUUCAUUAUUAACACCUACAAGCGACCCCAGCGAUUCGGAUAGCGAACUUUCCGCACUGCAGAAACCUUCACCAAGUCACUACCUAGGGAUAGUGAGCUACCAGCGGGUAAAGCUUUAA